CGUGCAGCGGGAGACACCGAGCAGAGGAGGAAUCCGCGCGCGGCUUGUGGAGAGGACGGCGUUAGGCUGGAGAGGACACGUUCCAACGGCGGUACAUCGAGAGGACGAGCCCGCUUGGUGGUUCCCAACCUUUUUGAAGACGUUCCCCCACGGCCCUCUCAUAUGACUUGAGUACCCCUUCAUCAUCAACAACGCCGCCCGUCAGACAUGCUAUGAAGACACGGAGCCCAUAUUGCCUGGGACGAGAGCCAGCUGAGUCAGACGCCGCCACCAAGAGCUAAAAGCAUCCCGGGCGAGCUGCAAUGGGACACGGUGAGGCGCCGGCCACGAGAAGACGUCUCCGCAGUGCUUCCUUUCAGUCGCACCGACGCUAGACGGCGGAGAACCCCUUCAUCUUGAGGUUAAUGUGUGCUGCGUCGCGGAGGCAGCCUCCAGCUGCGCCGCCAGGUCCGAGACAACCCAUGGAGGCGUGGCCUCGACGUUUCCAACACUGCUGCCGCUAACGCCAGCCGAGUGAACAGCAAUGCCUUCUAAGGUCUCCUGCUUAUACUUGCUGACCGUGGUUUGCUGGGCCAGCGCUCUGUGGUACCUGAGUGUGUCCCGCCCCUCCUCCUCCGACGUGGGCCAGCUGACCAUCCCCAUACGUAAAUCGCCCAAAAACACCACCUUCAGCAAUAUCCGCACGCGCUCGCUCAACCCGCACGACUUCGGCUACCUCAUAAACGAGGCCAAGAAAUGCGAAGCGGAGCCCCCCUUCCUCGUCAUCCUGAUUAGCACCACCCACAAGGAGUUCGACGCCCGCCAGGCCAUCCGGGAGACAUGGGGCGACGAGAGCACGUUCCCGGACGUGCGCGUGAUCACGCUCUUCCUGCUGGGCCGCAGCACCGACGUCGUCCUCAACCAGAUGGUGGAGCAGGAGAGUCAGAUCUUUCAUGACGUUGUGGUGGAGGACUUCAUCGACUCAUACCACAACCUGACGCUCAAGACGCUGAUGGGCCUGCGCUGGGUGGCGACGUUUUGCCCCAAGGCCCAGUAUGUCCUCAAGACGGACAGUGAUAUCUUUGUCAACAUGGAGAACCUCAUCUUCAACCUCCUGAAGCCCGCCACCAAGUCCAGGAGGAGGUACUUUACGGGCUACGUGAUCAACGGCGGGCCAAUCAGAGACAUGCGCAGCAAGUGGUACAUGCCGAGGGAUCUGUACCCCGAUAGCAAGUACCCACCCUUCUGCUCCGGUACCGGCUACGUCUUCUCGGCCGACGUGGCCGAGCUCAUAUACCAGACUUCUUUACACACCCGGCUGCUGCACCUGGAGGACGUGUACGUCGGCGUGUGCCUCCGCAAGCUGGGCAUUCACCCAUUCCAGAACAGCGGCUUCAAUCACUGGAAGAUGGCCUACAGCCUCUGCCGCUACCGCCGGGUGGUCACCGUCCACCAGAUCUCCCCGGAGGAGAUGCACCGCAUCUGGAACGACAUGACCAGCAAGAAGCACCUGAAAUGUUAGCAGUCGUUUAGCACUUUAAACCGAGCAGCGCUGAGUGGAAGGAUCGGUUCUGACGAAGCAUCCGUGGGUUUAGCAAGGAAUCUCUAUAGUGCAAGGCCUAAGGAAUAAAUCUCUAUAGUACAAGGCCUAAGGAAUCUCUAUAGUGCAAGGCCUAAGGAAUAAAUCUCUAUAGUACAAGGCCUAAGGAAUCUCUAUAGUGCAAGGCCUAAUGAAACUCUACAGGGCAAGGCCUAAGGAAUCUCUAUAGUGCAAGGCCUAAGGAAUCUCUAUAGGACAAGGCCUAAGGAAUCUCUAUAGUGCAAGGCCUAAGGAAUGAAUCUCUAUAGGGCAAUGCCUAAGGAAUCUCUAUAGGACAAGGCCUAAGGAAUCUCUAUAGUGCAAGGCCUAAGGAAUGAAUCUCUAUAGGGCAAUGCCUAAGGAAUCUCUAUAGUGCAAGGCCUAAGGAAUCUCCAUAGUGCAAGGCCUAAGGAAUGAAUCUCUAUAGUGCAAGGCCUAAGCAAACUUGUAUUUUAUGUCCUUUCUCACUCCAAGAUGUCCCAGAGCGCCAACUCACAAAACAGCCACAAAGUUAGAAACACGUUUCCCCCCCAAAAAGUGCAAAAUGUUCAGGUGGUUGGGUGUCAUUGCCAGCAGGAAAACACAUGACAGGAAGCUCAGAGGCUCGUGUUUGAGUCUUCGUUUCAAAAGGACACAAACUGUCCACCAUUGGUAAACUGCAGAUUACACAAACACACGUUUCUCCUCUAAUCAUGAAUGUCCCUCGUGUUACUUUCAGCUUUCCGAGCGAGGUGCAAAUGUGGGAUUAUUGAGUCUGGCACUGCAGCGGCCGUCAUCACCGGGAGGACACAGUCGGUGAGUUUUACAGUGAGAAUAGAAGCAGAGGAGCAUUAAUGACCAUGGUAUUCUUUUCAGAAUCAGACAUAUUUUCUUACAACGGAGCCGCCGAUCUUCGUACGCACCGAUUCCGCCGACUCGCAUUCCAAAGCGAAUGUCAUUUCUGUUAACGUGUAACGUGCCGUUAUUUGUGCCAGGCAGUGCUGUGAGCAGACUAUUAUAUUUUCUAUUACUUGAACAUGAAACAGGUGUACUAUUCACGCAGUGAGGACGAACAUGUAACACUUGUGAGUGCUUUCUUCUUUUCAAUAACUCAAGGUUAAAUAAAGCGCUUUUUGUAAGACUU